AUGAAAGCCUUAAAGGUAUCCACACCAGGUGAAGCUUCAAGCUCCAGAGGUAGAGGGCAAAGAAGGGGCAGAGGUCAUGGAAGAGGCGGUCGAGAAAAAAAUGGAUAUGUUGGCAGGUCAGCAGAUCUAGUCAGAGACGAUUAUGACAACAAAGAAGAGUCGAAGGACCUAGCGAAGUUCACAGUCGAUGAGCUUGCCGGUUCUCUCGAGGCACACGAGCAACGCAAGAAAAAGGAGGAGGAGCCGUUCGAUCAAGCGCUUCAGACGAAGGCAUCAAUAAAGGAUGGAAAAAUACUCUACUCACAGAAUUUUCGAGGUAGAGAUAGUGGAAGCCGCGGGAAUGGUCGAGCUGCUCGAGGCAAUAGUCACGAAGAAAGCUACCAUGAGAAGAGACUGUCGAGCCAAGCAAAUUGGCGUGGAAGAGGACGCAAUCAAGAGUGCGGUCAAGGAUACAAUUUCAACGUCCAGUGCUAUAAAUGUCAGAAAUAUGACCACUAUGCAAAUAAUUGUAACUCCGACAGAUGUUACAAUUGCGGCAGAAUGGGUCACUAUGCGAGAGAUUGUCGAACCAAAGAGAAGGUGGAAGAAUCCAUCAACCUAGCCUUGGAUGACAUAACAGAUGGAGGCAUCCUCUUGAUGGCCCAAAACGAAGAGACAAACACAAAAGGAGACGGCGAUGCGAAGACAAUGGCGAUAGUUGUGAGGUAG